AACUCCAACAAUAAUGAAUGACACCACUUUUGACAUUCACCAAAACAUUAUAUUAAAACCAAGAUAAUGCUCACCACCCUCUGUGUCAUGUUCUUUUUCUAACUCUCUCUCUCUCUUUCUUCUCACCUUCCUUCUUCUUCUUCUCCUCCUUUUCCAUCUCUAUAUCUUCCAUUUCUCCAAUUUUCUCCUCCCUUAUUGACCUUUGGUCACCACUCUCAAAUACCCAUUUCUCUAUUUUCUGGUUUAAAGGUCUGAAAAAAGGUUGAUAACUCUUUGACUUGAGUUGGUGUUUGAAGCUAAACAAAGGUUUUUGAAACCCAAUUUACAGGUUGAAGCUGAUUUUUCUGGAAAUUUGGGCCAUCUUUAGCGGUGUUUUCCUGAGAAAAGAUGAUGAUGUUUGAUGACAUGGGGUUUUGUGGUGAUUUGGAUAUGUUCUGUGGUACACUUGGGGAAGGGGAUAUUUCUGUGAGGCAAACCGAGCCUGAUUCGGUGGUUGAAGAUGAUUACAGUGAUGAAGAAAUGGAUGUAGACGAGCUUGAGCGUAGGAUGUGGAGGGACAAAAUGCGUCUGAAGCGUUUGAAAGAACAAACCAAGGCUAAAGAAGGGAUCGAUGCUGCAAAGGCAAGGCAGUCUCAAGAACAGGCAAGGAGAAAGAAGAUGUCGAGAGCUCAAGAUGGAAUACUGAAGUACAUGCUGAAAAUGAUGGAGGUUUGUAAGGCACAAGGAUUCGUUUACGGGAUAAUUCCUGAGAAGGGAAAACCAGUGACCGGAGCAUCUGACAAUCUUCGUGAAUGGUGGAAGGAUAAGGUUAGGUUCGAUAGGAACGGUCCGGCUGCCAUAGCCAAAUAUCAAGUGGAUAACGCAAUUCCAGGAAACAGUGACGGCUGCAACUCCAUCGGUCCAACUCCUCAUACCUUACAAGAACUACAGGAUACAACGUUAGGUUCUCUCUUAUCGGCACUUAUGCAGCACUGUGAUCCUCCUCAGAGGCGUUUCCCCUUAGAGAAGGGUAACCCUCCGCCAUGGUGGCCAACCGGGAACGAAGUGUGGUGGCCCCAAAUUGGUUUACCUAAAGAUCAAGGCCCUCCACCUUACAAGAAACCUCAUGACUUGAAAAAAGCAUGGAAGGUUGGUGUUUUAACUGCAGUUAUCAAGCAUAUGUCUCCUGAUAUAGCCAAGAUUCGCAAGCUCGUGAGGCAGUCCAAAUGCCUUCAAGAUAAAAUGACGGCCAAAGAAAGUGCUACCUGGCUGGCCAUCAUCAAUCAAGAGGAGUCCUUAGCUCGAGAGCUUUUUCCUGAGUAUUGUCCUCCGAUGUCUUCUGGUGGAGGCAGCGGUUCUAUGGUCAUCAACGAUUGCAGCGAGUAUGAUGUUGAUGGGGCUGAGGAUGAGUCCAACUUUGACGUGGAGGACCGGAAACCCGAGAAUCUUCAUCCAUCCAAUCUUGGGAUGGAGAGAAUGAGGGGAAUGUUUCCGGUUCAGCAACUUUCUUCACCAAUCAAAGGAGAGGUUGUCACCAACUUGGAUUUCAUUCGGAAGAGGAAGAUCUCUAGCGACUUCAACAUAAUGAUGGAUCACAAAAUCUACACUUGUGAACACCCUCAAUGCCCUUACAACGAAGUUCGCCUUGCUUUUCAAGACAGGCCUUCUAGGGACAAUCAUCAAUUGAAUUGCCCACAUAGAAUCGGUUAUGGCGGCCCUAAUUUUCAUGCUACUGAGGUUAAGCCCGUUAUUUUCCCACAAAGCUUUGUUCAACCCAAUUCUGCAGCUCAGCCUACUAGUCUGGUUCCACCUUCAUUUGAUUUAACCGGACUCGGGGUUUCAGAGGACAGCCAGAAAAUGAUCAGCGACCUCAUGUCAGUCUACGACACAAACAUCACAGGAAACAAGAAUGCAAGUUCAACCAAUUGCAUAGCUGUCGGAAAUCAAAACCUUUCUCAGCACAACAUUCAGCAACAACAACAGGAAAAUUUCUUUUCAGGUCAAGGAAUGGACAUCAUAGGAAACAAGACUGCAAGUUCAACCAAUUGCGUAGCUGUCGGAAAUCAAACCCUUUCUCAGCACAACAUUCAGCAACAACAACAGGAGAAUUUCUUUUCAAGUCAAGGAAUGGUGAUGGAAUCAAACUUCUUUCCUCGCGACGAAAAUCAAUUCGACCGAUUCAAAGCCGUAAACACUACUCCUUUCGAAACCAACCACCACCACAACAACAACACCACCAAUAACACCCAUUUCAUGAUUGGCUCUCCAUGUGAUCUGGCAUCCUUUGAUUUUAGGGAGGACAUUCAACAACUACAAGGAGUAGUAGGAAUGGAUAAUCUUCACAAACAACCAGAUGGUUCAAUAUGGGGCUACAACUGAAAGUAAAACUUGUGUUCCAAUGGCUUUUUUAUUGUGUCAUUAAAAAGGGAUAUAGACACACAAACACACACUCUUAUCAUGUGAAAUCCCUUUGACUCAAAAAUCAAAGGUAGUUUAGUUUACUGCAUUUUUCUUCACAUGCAAUCGUUUAGGUCUAGUCAGGUCUUGUUCUGGUAUGUGGCAAUAAAUCAUGUUGAUGUUAUGUUUCCAUAAUGUAACCAACCAACCAAACCCUCUUGUGUUUUCAUCACUUUCACCUCUAUUAUAUUGUUGUUAUGUACUACUUCUGUGAUAUAAAUAAGAUUUUUGUUAUAAUCA